AUGGCGGACGAGUUUCUAGCUCUACAAAAACAGGGCACAUGGGAUCUACUUCCACCACCUCCAGCUGCCUCUAUUCUGGGAUGUAAAUGGACAUUCCGCAAGAAAUAUAAUGCUGAUGGCACAAUAGCAAGAUUCAAGGCAAGACUGGUCGCUCAGGGAAAUCGUCAAGAACACGGGCUGGACUAUGAUGAAACAUUUAGUCCGGUAGCGAAGCUUCCCACAAUUCGUCUAAUGUUCACAAUCGCUCUCCAUAACGGCUGGCAGAUUAAGCAACUGAAUGUGGCAAAUGCCUUUCUUCACUGGGCAUCAACAUAG